CAAUUUUUAGCCUAGAAAUAAUGGAAGGGUGGACAAACCAAGUAGAUUGUGGACUAGCGAGCACGUGAGAACUGAGAACCCUCUCCGAACAUGUGUUGAUGGCAUUCCGUCACUAUACCGUUCGUUCUUUUCCGGCGUGGCACUGCCGGCGAUAUAUCUCGUCGAACCCUUCUACCUCAUACUCAUCCAAAGUCCCCCUUCUUUGGAAGCCCGACGGCACUGAAUCCGACAAAUUCGUAACAGUUCAGCUAUUCUCCUGGGGACGCGGCGCCUCAGGCCAACUAGGUGGCGGCAUUGAAGAAAUCCGCAUAUGCCCCGCUCCCGUUGCAUCCCUAUCACUCCCCCCUACUUUCCGGUUAUCUUCACCCGUUCCCGGACGUCUUCCUUCCGCUAAUCCGCUUCCUGCUCUUCCAGAGAACGAGGGAGAAGUUCCCGUCGAAGUAGGCAUUUCAUGCGGGAUAUUCCAUUCGUCAUUGAUAGUGGAUGGGAAUCUAUGGAUAUGGGGCAAAGGAGAUGGCGGCAGACUUGGAUUUGGCCACGAGAACUCAGUCUUCGUGCCCACUAUGAACCCUAUUUUGGGAUCUCUCCGGAGUGUCGCACUUGGCGGUCUGCAUUCUGUCGCCCUAAACGUCCAUGGCCAGGUCUUCACUUGGGGGUAUGGCGGUUUUGGGGCCCUUGGACAUUCUGUGUAUACCAGAGAGCUGUUUCCUAGAUUAGUGGAGGCUUCUUGGGAUGGGGAAAUAAGUCACAUUGCAACAAGUGGAACACACACUGCUGCUAUCAUGAAAUCUGGUGAACUCUAUACAUGGGGAAGAGAUGAAGGGGAUGGACGAUUGGGGUUUGGUCCUCAGCGAGGGCCAAAUGAAGCUGGCGGUCUAAGCAUCCCUUCAAAAGUGGAAGCACUUCCGGUGAGAGUAGCUGCUGUUUCAUGUGGUGGGUUCUUCACAAUGGCACUGACUGAAGAUGGCAAACUCUGGAACUGGGGAGCUAACUCUAACUAUGAGCUUGGAAGAGGGGAGAAAGGCAGUGGCUGGAAGCCGCAACCAAAUCAUACUCUCAAAGAUGUCAGUAUAGUUCAAAUAGCUACUGGUGGAUAUCACUCUCUUGCUUUGACAGAUAAGGGAGAAGUCUUUUCAUGGGGGUAUGGUGGCCAUGGUCAGUUAGGCCAUUCUUCUCUCCAAAAUGAGAAAGUUCCUUCCAAAAUUGAGGCUUUGUCUGAUGAAAAGGUAACCUUUAUAUCUUGUGGCGGUUCAUCAUCGGCAGCGGUAACAGAGGAUGGGAAAUUGUACAUGUGGGGAAAUGCAAAAGAUUGUCAACUAGGAGUUCCUGGCCUGCCAGAGAUACAGUCAUCUCCUGUUGAAGUUAAGUUUCUUGUUGACGACGAUGGACUGGAAUGUCAUCGUGUUCUUUCAGUAUCUAUCGGCGCUUCUCAUUCCAUGUGCCUCAUUUCUAGGUCAGGCUGUUGUUAGAAUAUAGUUUGAUGAAACAACUCGUGUGUUUAAAUAUAGGUGCUGUUUCUGCUUUUACUUUCUUCAUCAUUAUUAUCAAUUAUAUUUUUGCUCAGAAUGGUUGUUUUUUCAAAAAGAAAAAGAUUAAACAAACACGAGUUUCCAAA